AUGGUAGCCAGAAGGGAAAUGGCCCGGUUUUGGAGCCUGGAGAGCCUUCAGAUAGGCACUGCAGAUGGUGGUACUGAAUCUUGUGCCUUAGCGGAUGACAAUGGUAGCGAGGAAGAUUACAGCUAUGAGGAGCUCUGCCGAGCCAGUCCCAGAUACUUGCAGCCUGGAGGGGAACAGCUAGCCAUUAAUGAGCUGAUCAGUGAUGGGAGCAUGGUCUAUGCGGAGGCACUCUGGGAUCAUGUGACCAUGGACGAUCAGGAGCUAGCCUUCAAAGCUGGGGAUGUCAUCCAAGUCCUUGAGGCUUCCAACAAGGAUUGGUGGUGGGGAAGAAGUGAAGACAAGGAAGCCUGGUUUCCAGCAAGCUUUGUCAGGCUGCGAGUCAAUCAGGAAGAACUUGCCGAAAACUUUGGUAGCCUUCAGGAUGAGGAGCCAAAUGCAGAUCCUGGGAAGCAGCGCCAAAAAAUGUCUGAAAACAUGGAUCAGAUGAGAACAAAUGUUAUUCAGGAAAUAAUGAAUACAGAGCGGAUCUACAUCAAACACCUCAAAGACAUCUGUGAGGGAUACAUUCGACAGUGUCGCAAACAUACAGGAAUGUUCACUGCAGCCCAACUGGUCACCAUUUUUGGAAACAUUGAAGAUAUUUACAAAUUCCAAAGGAAGUUCUUGAAAGAUCUAGAGAAGCAGUACAACAAAGAAGAACCCCACCUGAGUGAAAUAGGAUCCUGCUUUCUUCAGCAUCAAGACGGCUUUGCUAUCUACUCAGAAUACUGCAACAAUCAUCCCGGUGCCUGCAUUGAGCUAUCCAAUCUGAUGAAACAGAGCAAAUACCGCCACUUCUUUGAAGCUUGCCGCCUGCUUCAGCAAAUGAUUGAUAUUGCUAUUGAUGGUUUUCUUCUCACACCUGUGCAGAAAAUCUGUAAAUACCCAUUACAGCUUGCAGAAUUACUGAAAUACACCACACAGGAGCACAGCGACUACAACAAUGUAAAGGCAGCCUAUGAGGCCAUGAAGAACGUAGCCUGCUUGAUCAAUGAGCGCAAACGAAGGCUCGAAAGCAUAGACAAGAUUGCACGCUGGCAAGUAUCCAUAGUCAGCUGGGAGGGGCAAGAUAUUUUAGGACGGAGCUCGGAAUUAAUCCACUCAGGAGAACUGACCAAGGUCUCCAAGCAAGGCAAGAGCCAGCAGAGGACUUUCUUUCUCUUUGAUCAUCAGCUUGUCUUCUGCAAGAAAGAUCUAUUGAGAAGGGACAUGCUGUACAUGAAGGGCCGGAUUGACAUGGACGAGGUGGAAGUGCUGGAUGUGGAGGAUGGCAGGGACAAGGACUUCAAUGUCAAUGUCAAAAACGCUUUCAAGAUUGUGAAUGGAGCCACGGAAGAAGUGCAUCUGUUUUGUGGGAAAAAGCCAGGGGAUAAGAAGAGGUGGCUGGAAGCCUGUGCAAGGGAGAGGCGACGAGUGCAGGAAGACAAAGAAAUGGGCAUGGAGAUUUCAGAAAACCAAAAGAAACAAGCCAUGCAGAAUGCACGGAAAUCAAGACAUGGAAAGAUUAAAGGUGUUAGCUAUGGUGGGUGCCCAGUACCACCACCACACCAGAGUUUACAUCCUAUCCAUCAGCGUCAUAUCACAGUGCCCACUAGCAUUCCACAGCAGCAGGUCUUUGCCCUGGCAGAACCCAAGCGGAAGCCAUCACUUUUCUGGCAUACUUUUAACAAACUGACACCAUUCAAGAAAUGA